GGGUAGCGAGCGUAUGUUGGCGACGGAGAUGCCGCAAUCCCAGCCUCAGUACCGGCAUGGCGGCACUGCCUGGCAGAUGUACGGCAGCGCUGCUCUCAGAUCCCCACCCGCCACUAAUACGAAGAAACCUCGAGAAGGCGCUCACAUGCCAGACCCGCCCAAUAUGCCGUCAAGUAACUGGCUGAAGCAUAUGGUGAGGCAGAAUAUACAACCUUCUUCACCCAUGGACGGUUUGUCGCCCGCUGUUCCGCAGCACAACGGCAUGGCCGUUCCUCGCUGGCCGCUUCCAGUCAUCAUAGACACGGACCAUCAUCUGCUGCCUGCGCCCUUCGAGGACCCAAACCCAAGAACUCCAGUGAAAGAGCCGGUGAUGCCGUGCGCAGGGCUGUGUCGUGUCAACGAGUUUCUGUGCGACACGUCUUGUACGUGCAUCCCGAUUGCGUGGCGGUGUGACGGGGACGCCGACUGUGUGGCCGAGGAGGACGAACUGGAAUGUAUAGACAUAGAGGCGGAGUGUAACGAGGACCUGGGGAACGUGCGAUGUCCGAGGACGAGGAAGUGCAUCCGAAAAGAGUGGCUAUGUGACGGCGAGGACGACUGUGGAGACUUUUCCGACGAAACGCACUGCGGAGGAGUGCCCCUUAACUGCAGCAACUCCGAGUUCGAAUGCUCCAACGGACUCUGUAUCUCGACCUCCUGGGUCUGUGACGGCGACAACGACUGUAAGGAUUAUUCCGAUGAAAUGAACUGUACACGCAAAACGGACUGUUCGGAGAUAGAGUUCCGAUGCUCAGACGGCAGCUGCAUCUCCCUUUCUUGGAAGUGCGACUUCGAGCAGGAUUGCUCCGAUGGUUCUGAUGAGACUGAGUGCGAGGUGGAAGUACCGACGUGCAGUGAAGGAGAGUUUCGCUGCUCGUACCCACGCUGUGUCCGUAUAGACUUCCGGUGUGACGGUGACGACGACUGCGGUGACUGGAGCGAUGAAGACGGAUGCGAGACUAUCACGGAAGGCAACUGCGCUCGCCACCAGUUCAGGUGUAGCAGUGGCAAGUGUAUCCCCGAGAACUGGAAGUGUGACGAGGAAAAGGACUGUGAAGGCGGGCAGGACGAGGAGAAUUGUGACAAGGCAACGACGAGAACGUGCGGACCUGACGAGUUCGUCUGCCACAGUGGCAGUUGCAUACUGAAAACUUGGGUCUGUGAUGGCGUCCAAGACUGUUCUGAGGGCGAAGAUGAGAACAACUGUGUGGUCACGUGUGACGCAGAACUACAAUUCACUUGUCCUAUGAAUGACAGUGCAGCCGGUGGACGAAUGUUGCCCAGCCACUCGAGCCGUGCCUCACCACCCUGCAUUGCGCGCAAACAUGUCUGCGAUGGCAAGAAUGAUUGUCCUCGAGGAGAAGACGAGAAGAACUGUCCAUCACGAGUGCCAUGCAGUCCUGAUACUGUAUGUGAGCAAGUGUGUAUCACCAACGCAGAUGGCUCCAAGGGCUGUGCCUGUCUCCCAGGAUACACCAUUGCAGCUGAUGGAACACACUGCAAGGACAUCAAUGAGUGUAACUAUGUCAACGAACCGGUGUGCAGCCAGUCCUGUGAGAACACAGUGGGCUCAUUUGUCUGCAGCUGCUCCAAGGGUUACAUCCUGCGGCCAGAUGCUAGGACCUGCAAGGCUCUCGGAAGCCCACCAACACUACUCUUCGCUAAUAGAAUAGACAUCAGACAGCUCAGUCUGAACAACCUCAAGUACACAGCAAUACUAAAGAAUCUACAUAAUGCAAUCUCUCUCGAUUAUCAUUACAAGAAAGGAUUGGUGUUCUGGUCAGAUGUCUCGAUGGAUUAUAUCCGUGUUGCUCGGCUCAACGGAUCUGAUGCUGGAGAUGUGAUCCGGUGGGGGUUGGAGAGUCCAGGAGGAGUAGCAGUGGACUGGAUCCACGAUCUCAUAUUCUGGACAGAUUCUGGUACUCGGCGUGUGGAGGUGGCAUCCUUGGAUGGCACUAAACGGCAUGUGCUGGCUUCCAAUGACUUGGACAAACCUCGGGCCAUAGCCGUUCAUCCAGGCGAAGCCCUCGUGUUCUGGACUGACUGGGGUCCUAACCCUAAGGUGGAGAGAAUACAGAUGGAUGGCACUAAGAGAAUGAGCAUUAUCACAGAGUCAGUAUUCUGGCCAAAUGGUUUGACCAUCGACUACACAGCUGAUCGCAUGUACUGGGCUGACGCCAAACAUCAUGUUAUUGAGAGUGCCAAACUGGACGGCUCAGACAGGCGCAAGGUGGUAACAAAAGGUCUUCCGCAUCCUUUUGCUUUGACUCUUUUUGAAGACUCAAUUUAUUGGACGGAUUGGCAUACUAAGAGUAUUUCUACCGCCAGCAAGUCUUCUGGGUCUGGUUUCCGCACCAUCCACUCUGGACUCCACUUCCCUAUGGAUAUACACAGCUACCACCCCCAACGACAGCCCAACUACACCAAUCAUUGUGGGGAUGACAACGGUGGUUGUUCCCAUCUCUGCUUACCCAGCGACAGUAACAGUUUUCAGUGUGCGUGCCCGCUUGGACUCAAGCUGACCAUUAACAAACGCACGUGUGACUCGACACCCGACCAGUUGAUGAUCUUUGCUCGCAAGAAGGAUGUGCGCCUCCGUCGCUUGGACACUCAAGAUCAGAGCUACGAUAUGGUACUACCAUUGGAUGGGGUCAAAUCUGCUGUGGCCCUUGCUUGGGACUCCAAUACUGACUCUAUCUUCUGGAGCGAUGUCGAGGCUGAUCUCAUCUCUAGGGCAUUCCUCAAUGGAAGCAAGCAACAACCCAUCAUCAGCAACAACUUGGAAUCUCCUGGAGGUCUUGCUGUAGACUGGGUGACAGAUAAGCUCUACUGGACAGACGCAGGUACCAACCGUAUCGAAGUGUCCACUCUUAAUGGUUCCCUGCGCUCUCUACUUAUCUGGGAUGGUCUGGACAAGCCCAGAGAUAUCAGUGUAGAUCCUGCUAGUGGGUAUAUGUACUGGAGUGACUGGGGGGAGGUGGCCAAGAUAGAGCGAGCCGGUAUGGAUGGUUCUGGACGUGAGGCGUUGAUCACCACUAAUCUGACUUGGCCCAACGGUCUGGCGAUUGACCGAGACCAAGGCCGCCUCUACUGGGCAGACGGAGGCACCAAGGCCAUCGAGUACUCCACAUUGGAUGGCAAACAUCGGACUGUCCUAAUCAACACUGACCUGCCUCACCCGUUUGGUCUCGCUACAUUCAAGGACAAGAUCUACUGGACAGACUGGGUAUCUGCAAGCAUCCAUAUGGCCAACAAGGACACUGGCAAGGACAGAGCUGUACUGAGGUCCGGUGUCAGUGGACUGAUGGAUGUGAGAAUAUUCCACCGCAACCGCCAGAUCCAGCCAUCCAUGUGUCAUGCCAACAAUGGUGGCUGCUCACAUCUGUGUCUGCUAGCCCCUCCUCCUACACGGCACUCCUGCGCCUGCCCCAUCGGCAUCAAGUUGAUGGAUGAUGGGAAGACUUGUGUGCCAGGCCCUACCAACUCUCUGAUCUUUGCUCACAGAGAAGACAUCCGCCAGAUUUCCUUGGAUGUGCCUUAUAUAGUGGAUGUGGUUCUGCCCUUGCCUGAGCUCAAAAGUGCUAGGGCAGUUGAUGCUGAUCGGAAAACUGGCGAAAUCUACUGGACUGACACAGACUUGGACGUAAUCCAAAAAGCCACCAGAGAUGGCCACAACAUAAAGGUUGUUGUAGGAGAUGGUCUGGUUGCUGCCGAUGGUAUAGUGGUAGAUUCCACUGGCAGGAAGCUUUACUGGACUGAUGGGGAGCGUAAGAGUAUUGAAGUGGCCGAGCUGGACGGAACAAACCGCAAAGUGCUGUUCUGGUCAAACUUUGACAAAGUAAAACCACGUGCACUGGCAAUACACUACCACCUGGGCCUCCUUUACUGGUCAGACUGGGGGGAGACCGGACGCAUCGAGCAGGCAGGCAUGGAUGGCAGUGACAGAAAAAUUCUGGUAUCAGAUAACAUCCAUUGGCCCAACGGCUUGGCUAUUGAUCGCCCAGCAGGCAGGCUCUACUGGAACGAUGCCAAGGAGAAGACGAUAGAGUCCAUCCAGCUGGAUGGCGGGGGACGGCGGACUGUACUGCAAGAACUACCACACCCCUAUGGCCUGGUGAUCGUAGGCUCUCAUGUUUACUGGACAGACUGGGAGACUGAGGCUCUGCAUCGUGCUGAGAAGAUCAAUGGCUCUGACCCCACCGUGAUACGCAGCGGUCUGCGUGGCCUCAUGGACAUUCGCUCCAUCCAGACGGAUAAUGUGGCUGAGAAUGCCUGUGGAGAAGACAAUGGUGGUUGCUCACACCUGUGCCUGCGUGCGCCUAACGGCUACACCUGCGCAUGUCCCACUGGUAUAUUGCUGCAUACAGAUGGUCGCACCUGUCACAACCAGCCCAGUUCCUACCUGCUGCUGAUCACACAGAACAACCUGGCCCGUGUGUCUUUUGAUACAGACGAUAAGUUUGAUGUCACCCUCCCCAUCACAGGAAUAGGCAAUGCUGUUGCCAUCGACUUCCACUGGAAUAAAAGUCUCAUCUUCUAUAGUGACUUCGACCUCCAUCUCAUCAGGGCGGUGAAUAUGCUGAACUUUUCAAGCACGCAUGACAUAAUAUCCACCAACUUGACAAAUCCCUAUGGUCUGGCAGUGGACUGGAUGGCCAACAAUAUCUACUGGACUGACUUCGGACGCAGAAUAAUAGAGGUCUCUAGACUUGACGGAUCUUGUCGCCGCACAAUCAUCAGUACCGAUCUUCACAAGCCAAGAUCUGUGGCUGUAUUUCCACAGAAAGGAUUCUUAUUUUGGACAAACUUGGACGACGAGCCUAAGAUUGAACGGUCACUGAUGGAUGGCUCGGCCAGAAUAACCAUUGUCAAGGACAAACUGAACUAUCCUCAGGGCCUGAUUGUCGACCCUGAGGAAAAGAAGCUGUUCUGGGCAGAUGCUAUUCUUGAUUGUAUAGAGAUCACUGACCUCAACGGAAAAGAAAGGAGAUCUUUGAUUCCUUUGGAUACUCAUCCAUUUGGCUUGACUCAGUAUGGAGACCACAUUUACUGGACGAGUCUGCUUAAGAAGACGGUGGAACGGGCAGACAAGCUGACGGGUCGGAGACGCACCACUUUCCACACGGCUCUGCACGGAGUAAUAGAGAUAAGUUUUGUGGCAGCUGGCAAGCAGCAGGGUAUGAACCCUUGCUCAGUCAACAACGGCUACUGCAGCCACUUGUGUCUUUACCGAGGAGGAAAUUCUUAUGUAUGUGCCUGUCCUGACCUGCCUGACUCUACUCCCUGCAGCACAGAGCCCAACAUGAAGGUAAUCCUGCCUGCCUCGGAGUUAGACUUGGAUGAUGACUCUCCCAUCCCCACUGAGUCUGGGCCCCCCAACAUGGAUAACACCUCCACUCUUGUCAUCCUUGGAGCAGGCAGUCUCUGCAUCAUAGCUCUCGUCGCGGCCGUCCUGUUUGUAGGCUUCAUCUACCACAAACGCAGAAGGCAGUCCAAGAAAUACCUGUACACAGGAGGGCGCAGUGUGCUCACUUUCUCUAAUCCAAACUACAGCACUUCAAGUGCAGAGCAAGUCACUCACUCGGACAAACGCUCACACUUCUGGCGCAAACUCAAAUAUGACAAGUCACAGGAGAGAGUCUACGACGUACACAGUGAAUCAGACAAGCAGACAGCCAGCCCUGAAGUAGUAUCACUGAUCCCCGCCCCUCCUUCCCCUUCUCACUGUGCAGUUGACCAUCACCCCUCCCCCUCUGAUGGUGUUGAUAACCCGAGCCUUAAGACAGGUUGAAUUCCUUCCUUUAGCUAUUUUCAUCAACUAUUUCUCCUCCUCCUCUCUUUCAUUUCUCCUACCACCACACUUCCCCUACAGUGGACAACUCCAGCCCCAGAUAGGUUGAAUUCCUCACCACACCCCUCCCUCCUAUCUUCUUCCAGUGACCAUCGACUACUAUCUCUACUCUGCUGCUGGUUGAAUUACCUGAUCUCCCUCUUCGUAACCACAAAUUGCGAUCUAGUGUCUACAAAUCCAAAACACCUUUAUUGAAAUUAAUUUCAUUACCUGCUGAAUAGUUUGAGUUUUACCCAAACUUUAUGUUUUCUUUAUAAUGAAUUUCAAAUGAAUGAAUUUAUAAAACUGUUAUGGUCAGGAUUGUUUUUAUGGAAAUUUUUUGACAAACCAGCUUGAAACUAUGAAGAAAAUAUAAAACUAAUAUUGCAAUGGUAAAGAAUAAUAUUAGAACAUUAAUUUUGUUCCUUAGUCAUUGCUGUUUUACAACAAGAAGGUAUUAUUUUCCUUUAGAUAACACUAUUUUUAUGGCACAAUUAAUUAAAUAUUUGUUUUUAUCAAAACUACAACAGGAAUAUUAUGUGCCAGUGUAAAAGCACAGUUAUGCCUGAUGGACAAAAUUAAUAAUUUCAUGAGGGAAGACUAAAAUAAUGGCAUUUGCAGAAUAUUUUACCUUCUUGAAAACCUAUACUGUUAUUUUUAUAUGCUAGUACAGUUCUAGUAAAAAAGUGAAUAAUUUAAUGUAAUUUUUAUACAUUAUGAAAAGUGUUAUUCUUUAAGAUGAUAAAAGUAGACAGGUGUAGCAGAUCGCUAGUGUGGUGCGAGAGCGAAAAAUACUCAGAUGCCCAAGCCUGACUCAGCUAUGAAUGCUGAUAAAUAUUGAUUCAGAGUAUAAUUAAGUUUAAUGUUAACAAAUCCUGGAAUUUGUAAUCCUGGAAGUCCUUGAUGUAAUUUUAAAAGUAAUCGUCUUGGGGUGUAUAAAAAUUGAUGUUUUUCAAUCAUUUGUUAAUAAUUUAAUAAAUCAAUGUAAUUUUUACUAAAACGUUAAAGUCUUAAAAAUUAUUAGAUAAGAUUUUAUGUGAGUGUAAAUAAUACUCUAUAUAUAGUAGUAUUAAUGGUUAACUUUUAAAACUGUCCAAAAUAUUUAUUUAAAUUUAUUGUAGUUCUCAUUUGUUACUUUUAAAAAUCACCAUUGCUCAAUGAUAAUUUUGAUAUUCAUACAAUUAUUAUUAUUUAAUAUUGUAUUUAUUUUAAUACAAAACAUGUUUAACACAAUUUAAGUAUUAAAACUUAAUUUGUGAUAAUUGACUUUUAAUAUAAGAUUAAAUAUAUUUUUCCAUUCAUAAUGAAUAAAUGUAAUUUUGGUUAUUUCCAUGUACAUAUAAAAUAUAUCCUGAAUUUUACUUUUGUUUUGUACAAUUUUACUCAGUGGCUAAAAAACCAAGUUCAUAAUGUCAGUCAUUGUACAGCCCUUGACAUGGUUGACUAUGAAGUUGGUUCGGUACGCAACAGUUGGUAGAUUAAGUGUUAAAACAGCAGAACAUUUCUCCAGUUGAUCGAGUUACUCGGGGAUGUAUGUUCAAAAUUGCUGUCUCUCAGGAUCGGUAGUAUGAGUCUACUCUGGUUCAUACAGUCAAUCAUUGUAUAGCCCUUGCCAUGGUUGACUAUGAACUUCGCCUGGAAUACAAUAGUUGGUAGAUAUAGUAUUGCAUACAGCAGAACAUUCCUCCAGUCGAUCGAGUUAUUCGUUGAUAUAUGUUCGUAGCUGCCAUCUUUAAGGAUCAGUAGUAUCAGUCUACUCAGAUUUAUGUAGCCAAUCAUUGUACAGCCUUGACAUGGUUGACUAUGAACUUGGCCCGGAAAGCAACAUUUCACAGGGUUGCAGACAGCGGAACAUUCCUCCAGUUGAUCCGAGUUACUCGGUGAUCUAUGUUUGUUGUUGCCGUCUCUCAAGAUCGGUAGUGUCAGUCUACUCAAGUUCACAGCUUAACUUAAUAUUAUUUUUAGAUCACAAGACGAUACACCUAACCGCAUUACAAUUGUAACAGUUUUUAAUUAUCUUCAUUUGGCUGUGAAAUAAUAUUUUAUGGAUUGUUUUAUUUUUGUGAUGUAACCUGUUUUAAUAAAUUGUAACCAUCAUCUCUUUUUUUAAGU